UGAUUUUACAUCGAUACUCUGAUGGGAAACCAAGGAGAGAGAACUGACUGCCUAUAGCCUUAAAGGCCAGCGUUGGGAGACAGGUCAGCGUUGGUUCCUAUAGUCUUAGAAGGUAGUGUUCUUAUUCCUGCUUGACAGCUUGAUUCAGAUUAAAAGUAUCCUUCUGGUUUCUGACCUGAAUGUCGUAUUUUCCUUUUUCACUAGCUGCAGGAUAAGAGUCAAGCCAGGAUCCAGGGGCAUGUGCCAGGUUUGGAGACCACACAUGGGACCAUACCAGGCAGCACUGUGGGGUAAACCCAAGGCAUCAGCCAGCAACAAUUGCUAGAAAUAGACUGAAAAGAUCAGGACAGGGUCUUGCCUUCUAAGACAAUCUGUAUUAACUAUCCUGACCAGAAAUAAGAGGAAGAAGCAGAGAAUCCCUCAGACCUCGAGGGACAAAAUGAAGCGAUUGUUGCAAGAGUCAGAGGAAGAAAUCAUGGUCACCUUGGGACCCUCCUCCAGGCUUUCCCCGGAUAAGGCUAAGGCAGAGACUGUGUGUGGCAUCAAGAGCAAGUCCUCAGGCCCUGCUGGAUCCUCACUAGAGGGCAGUUCCGUGCCCCCUCACUGUGGAUCAGUAGCCUCUGCCACUAGUGGGGAUAGAGACGGGGGCCUAGCCCAGCAUUGCAGCUUUGGGCAGCAGGCCAGCAUCCAGCCGCUUCUGGGCUCCACUGCCUGUGUUUCAGAGUCUGGCUCUGAGGACCUCUCAUCUGCUAGCAUUACCACAAGCUGUCAAGAGCGCUCAGAGAGGAAUCAAGCUACUCCCUUUUUGUCCAGAGGCCCUGGGCAAGGCUGCAGCCGUGAGCAGCGAGAACCUUUGGGAGAUGUAGUAGACUAUAUUAUCAGAGAGCUGCAAGGCAUCAGCCGUCUCCAAACUGAGAUUGCCGAGCUGCAGCAGCACUUGAGCCAAGUCCGGGGUUCAGUGGAUGAAGUCUCUAGCUGUGUAGACUCAGUUCUCAGUGAAAUAGAAGGCUUACAGGUGGGCAGCAGCUCCCUGGCCAAGGUGUGUGUGGGUGGAAAGGCCCAGGAACCCCAUGUGGACCGACCCAGUGAGGAAGCCAUUCUGUAUCUGUAUGGACUUCCUGAGCAAGAUGGGGAGAAUACCAUGGAGCUGGUACACAGCUUCCUGGCCAAGCACCUCUGUGUUAAUGGCGUUCAGUGCAACAGGUACAUCAGAGAGGCUUACAGGGCAGGCAAAGCCCCAGCCCCCAGGCCUACUGUUGUGAAGCUUGCCCAUCUAGAGCAUAGAGACUUCAUCUUGCAGAAAUCCAUCCUUUUGCAGAGUUUAGGCAUCCGGAUUGCCACCAGAGAAGAACCAAGCUGGCCACAGUGCUGUAAGAAUUCCCAAAAGGAGUCUCUGUCAUUUUUGCAACAACUUCAGGAUCAUAAUUCAAAUACUUUAAACCUACAUGAACCAGUGCUUCAGAUGGAAACAGGAGUCAUGGGACCCAAAACAGGAGCAUAUCACAUGAGAGCUCAGAAUCAACAUAGAGAAUCCCAGAACCUUGAGCAGCAAGGCCUUUGCUUCCCACCCAAGAACAAUUUAGCAAAGCCAAGUGAUGUGUCUCAGCCAGGGGACGAAGUAAAAGGAACACCAGAAGCAUCCCGAGUCAUCAGUGGUGGCCCUAGUGAACUGACAGGGAGAGAAGCUUCUCUGUCUCCUCUCCCUCAAUUUGAGGAAGCUUCCCUAGUGUUAAUCUCAAAAGAGGAGGAUUCUGGGAAAUCCCAGGUUUUCAAACAAUGCAGGCAAGGACUUGAAGCAUAUGAAGUAACAAAAAGAGAAAACUGCAGCGAUAAGAGUAAGGCCAGCAGCUACCUGUCGCUGUCUGAGUUGAUGAACACAGAGGACAAGCUCCUGGCCUGUGAAGCUGGGCUUGAUAUUCUGAGCUCAAAGCAGUUAGAGGACCUCUUGACAGACAAGUCCGGAAGGUUUGCAGCUCUGAGCUGUGGCAGCGUGAUGGAGGAAAUGAUCAUAGGGCCUGAGACUUUCCGUGACAUGGUUCAUAUUGACUUGAAUGAAGAGGAGGAAUGUGCUGCUCAGGUCCUUAAAAAUGUCUUUGAAAAGUCCUCUUGUGGUCUGAGUGGCUCACAGGAGCAUGAAGACGUAGAAAUUAAAUUUUAUACCAGUAAACUGGGCCGAGCAAUUCACCACUUUCGUUCAGCUCUACAGGGAGUGUUUCAGAAGCCGGAGAACAGUGGAUCGAUCAGUCCUGAGGACCUGCAAGGCAAUGAGAGUGGAUCCCAGACAGAGAACAGUGACAGACUUCUUGUGACAAUUCCGGAUGAUGGUGACUCUUCUUUACCCCAGUGGCUCCCAGAAGGGCCAGCUGGAGGGCUUUAUGGCAUUGACAGCAUGCCAGAUCUACGCAGAAAGAAGCCACUGCCACUUGUCAGUGAUUUGGCUAUGUCACUGGUCCAGUCCCGGAAGGCAGGGAUUACUUCUGCAAUGGCUACACGCACCUCUCUCAAGGAUGAAGAGCUGAAAUCCCAUGUGUAUAAGAAAACCCUGCAAGCCUUAAUCUACCCCAUCUCGUGUACUACACCUCACAACUUUGAGGUCUGGACAGCCACUACUCCGACCUACUGCUAUGAGUGUGAAGGCCUGCUCUGGGGCAUCGCCCGGCAGGGCAUGCGCUGCAGCGAGUGUGGAGUCAAGUGCCAUGAGAAGUGCCAGGACCUGCUCAAUGCUGACUGCCUGCAGCGAGCUGCAGAAAAGAGCUCUAAACAUGGAGCUGAGGACCGGACCCAGAACAUUAUCAUGGCCAUGAAGGACCGCAUGAAGAUCCGAGAGCGGAAUAAGCCGGAGAUCUUUGAAGUUAUCCGGGAUGUCUUCACCGUGAGCAAAGUUGCCCAUGUGCAGCAGAUGAAAACAGUGAAGCAGAGUGUGCUGGAUGGCACCUCCAAAUGGUCAGCCAAGAUUACCAUCACUGUGGUUUGUGCCCAGGGCCUACAAGCCAAGGACAAGACAGGAUCCAGUGACCCUUAUGUGACUGUGCAAGUAGGCAAAACCAAGAAGCGUACCAAGACGAUUUUUGGGAACCUGAAUCCUGUUUGGGAGGAGAAGUUCCAUUUUGAGUGCCACAACUCUUCUGACCGCAUUAAGGUACGUGUGUGGGAUGAGGAUGAUGACAUCAAAUCAAGAGUAAAGCAGCGGCUAAAGCGAGAGUCUGAUGAUUUCCUCGGCCAAACUAUCAUCGAGGUUCGGACACUAAGUGGCGAAAUGGAUGUCUGGUACAACUUGGAGAAGAGGACAGACAAAUCAGCCGUCUCAGGGGCUAUCCGACUCCAAAUCAGCGUGGAGAUCAAGGGGGAAGAGAAAGUAGCCCCGUAUCAUGUGCAGUAUACGUGUCUCCAUGAGAACCUUUUCCAUUACUUAACAGACAUUCAGGGCACUGGAGGAGUUUGGAUCCCUGAGGCUCGAGGAGACGAUGCAUGGAAGGUGUACUUUGAUGAAACUGCCCAAGAAAUUGUGGAUGAAUUUGCCAUGCGCUAUGGCAUCGAAUCCAUAUAUCAAGCCAUGACGCACUUUGCAUGUUUGUCAUCCAAGUACAUGUGUCCUGGUGUGCCAGCAGUGAUGAGCACCUUACUGGCCAACAUCAAUGCCUACUAUGCCCACACAACUGCCUCCACCAAUGUCUCUGCAUCUGAUCGCUUUGCAGCCUCCAACUUUGGGAAAGAGAGAUUUGUAAAAUUGCUGGACCAGCUGCACAACUCACUGAGGAUUGACCUCUCUACAUACAGGAAUAAUUUCCCUGCUGGGAGCCCUGAGCGGCUUCAGGACUUAAAGUCCACAGUGGAUUUGCUGACCAGUAUUACUUUCUUCAGAAUGAAGGUGCAAGAACUGCAGAGCCCUCCAAGAGCUAGCCAGGUGGUAAAGGAUUGUGUGAAGGCCUGUUUGAACUCCACAUAUGAGUAUAUCUUCAACAACUGCCAUGACUUGUACAACCGCCAGUACCAACUGAAGCAAGAGCUGCCUCCAGAGGAACAAGGGCCCAGCAUUCGGAACCUGGAUUUUUGGCCCAAACUCAUCACACUUGUUGUGUCAAUCAUAGAGGAAGAUAAGAAUUCCUACACACUCGUUCUGAACCAGUUUCCUCAGGAGUUGAAUGUGGGAAAAGUCAGCGCAGAAGUGAUGUGGCAACUCUUUGCCCAAGACAUGAAAUAUGCACUGGAGGAGCAUGAGAAAGACCGACUGUGUAAGAGUGCUGACUACAUGAACCUGCACUUCAAGGUGAAGUGGCUCUACAAUGAAUACGUGCGGGAUCUGCCUGCGCUCCAGGGACAGGUGCCUGAGUAUCCUGCGUGGUUUGAGCAGUUUGUCCUACAAUGGCUGGAUGAGAAUGAGGAUGUGUCCCUGGAAUUCCUGCGUGGGGCCCUGGAACGGGAUAAGAAGGAUGGGUUCCAGCAGACAUCAGAGCACGCACUCUUCUCCUGCUCUGUGGUGGACGUCUUCACACAGCUCAACCAGAGCUUUGAGAUCAUCCGGAAGCUGGAAUGCCCAGACCCCAACAUCCUUGCCCACUACAUGAGGAGAUUUGCUAAGACCAUCGGGAAGGUGCUGAUGCAGUAUGCAGAUAUCUUAUCAAAGGACUUCCCAACUUACUGCACAAAGGAGAAAAUGCCCUGCAUCCUGAUGAACAACAUGCAGCAACUGAGGGUCCAGCUGGAGAAAAUGUUUGAGGCCAUGGGAGGCAAAGAGUUGGACCCUGAAGCUGCAGACAGUCUGAAGGAGCUGCAGGUGAAACUGAAUACAGUUCUGGAUGAGCUCAGCAUGAUGUUUGGAAACAGUUUCCAGGUGCGGAUUGAUGAGUGUAUCGGACAAAUGGCCGACAUCCUGGGCCAAGUGCGGGGCCCAGGGAAUGCAUCCCCCAACACCAGGGCCUCAGCGGCUCAGGACGCGGAUAGUGUGCUGCGGCCUCUCAUGGACUUCCUGGAUGGCAACCUCACACUCUUUGCCACUGUGUGUGAGAAGACGGUUCUGAAGCGUGUACUGAAGGAGCUCUGGCGGGUGGUAAUGAACACAAUGGAAAGGAUGAUUGUUCUGCCCCCACUCAGUGACCACACGGGCACCCAGUUGAUCUUCACUGCUGCCAAGGAGCUGAGCCAUCUUUCCAAACUCAAGGACCACAUGGUGCGAGAGGAAACACGGAAUCUCACUCCAAAGCAGUGUGCCGUCCUUGACCUUGCCCUGGACACCAUCAAGCAAUACUUUCAUGCAGGAGGCAAUGGGCUGAAGAAAACCUUCCUGGAGAAGAGCCCAGAUCUGCAGUCCCUUCGCUAUGCCCUGUCUCUGUAUACACAGACCACAGACACACUUAUCAAGACCUUUGUGCGCUCACAGACUGCCCAGGUGCAUGAUGGGAAAGGUAUUAGGUUUACUGCUAAUGAGGACAUUCGGCCGGAAAAGGGGUCUGGUGUGGAUGAUCCUGUAGGAGAAGUCUCUAUUCAGGUGGACUUGUUUACACAUCCUGGAACUGGGGAGCACAAGGUCACAGUGAAAGUGGUGGCUGCCAAUGACCUCAAGUGGCAGACAGCGGGUAUGUUCCGACCCUUUGUGGAAGUGACCAUGGUUGGCCCACACCAAAGUGAUAAGAAGAGGAAGUUCACAACCAAGUCGAAAAGCAACAACUGGGCCCCAAAGUACAAUGAGACGUUUCACUUCCUCCUGGGAAAUGAAGAGGGGCCAGAAGCAUAUGAGUUGCAAAUAUGUGUGAAGGAUUACUGCUUUGCCCGAGAGGAUCACAUUCUGGGGCUGGCAGUGAUGCCUCUGAGGGAUGUGGCAGCCAAGGGCAGCUGCGCCUGCUGGUGCCCCUUGGGCCGGAAGAUCCACAUGGAUGAGACAGGCCUGACCAUUCUCCGGAUUUUGUCUCAGAGGAGCAAUGACGAAGUGGCCCGAGAGUUUGUGAAGCUCAAAUCAGAGUCUCGUUCCAUGGAGGAGGGAAGCUGAGCACCAGGCUUCUCUGCCAACUAGAUGGCACCAGUUUCAUAAGUCCGAGCCAAUGGGAGUUACUAUCUAGGCAGCUUAGGUCCUCAUAAUCAAGAGACUAACUCCUUUAGUAAAGGAAACUUAAAGAAAAAUUUUGGGUGGUAACAAUAUAGCUUUUCACAGAAAAGGUCAUGUAUCCCUGACCAGUAGGUCUGUGGUGCUAGGAGUUGGGCUGUGGGGGUUACCACAUGGGGAGGUUUUCCAUAAAGAGGGGGACAGACAUUUCUGAGAGUGUUAGCCAUUCUUGGGAGACACCCCUCCAACUCCACACUCCAUCUCUGCCCCUCUCCAUACCACACCUUAUCCAGUUAGACCCAUAAGUACCAAUCAUUAGAAGAACAAGUUUAGAAGGCCUGGUGCUUGUGCCUGGUUGGUAAGUAGUCAGUUGAGCCUACAGGUAUGGCUUGAACCCUGUGGUCUGGAUUGGAGUAUAGCCAGGGCAGAAGCAUACAGAAUAGAAUUCAGACUGUCCCUUGAGCAGAAUCCGCUGGUUUUAUAUGGCUUCAAAGAGGAUAAGGCUUUGAAACUGAACAGACACCUUCCAGAAAUGAGCUGUGCUAAUCGUUCCCCCAGAUUAUAUCUGUCAUGAAUGGAGCGAGGUUCACAUGGUGCUUCAGAGUCCUGAGCAUAUUUGGAAUCUUUGGAACCCAAGCACCAGGGGCCACCUGCCCAGGAGCCCCCUACCUCACUCCUGUAGGAAGGGGGAUGAUGCUUCAGGACGUGAGAGGCUGUUCUUAUGUACAUGCAACUGAGGACUAGUUGAGGGAUCUAGCAGAGAAGGCUGUAUUUUCUUCUUGGGUAGGCCCUGAACAAAGCCAAAAAUUGUGAAAAUCAGUCUAGGAAGAGUCAUCCUCACCUAUGGCGACUGCAUUCUGGCUGUCCUCCCCCUUGCAGAAAGAAUCUAGCCUUUGGCCUCAUUCCCUUUCAUCUAGGUCAGGUGCUGUUCCCCUCAUAGAUGUUCAACCCUACAGAAGGAGCUUGGACAAUGAUCCCUCUGUACAGGCCGGAUGGAGGGGGCCUCAACACUCCUUGGGAGGUCAGAGACAAACUCUUUCAGGGGGUCGUAUGGACUUCCUAGGCCCUUGCUCAGAGAUGUGACGUGGCCCUUUGAUAUCCUCAGCAGCCUCCUGGACUUCCUAGGACUCUGCAUUGUCCACAGCUAUACUGGCCAUUACAUGAAACGAAACUAAGCAUCUUUGCUGUUGUUAAUUAUUGUAUGUGCCAUUGUUACAAGAGAUUAUUAGCUAGUCUGUAAUAAAUUAUCUUAUAGCAGCC